AUGUCAGUUGCUGUUUAUUUUCCGUCAAGACAUGCUAGACAUUAUAGUUAUAUUCCUCUAGGUGACAUUAAGAAUGAACUAAAUUUAGAGUGGCCCCAACAUGUUAACUAUGACUUAAAGAACUGUUCCUAUGAGAACAUUCUUAGAGAUAAUAAUGAAGUAGACAUAUCUACCAUAACUGAAGAAAAACAUUUCUUAAAACCACUUUCUGGUGGAGAAUAUAUACCCAAUGACUGCACACCUUUAGAGAAAUCAGCAAUUAUAGUACCAUAUCGAGAUAGAACAUAUCAAUUAAACAUAUUUGUGAAUUAUAUGCACUGGUACUUGCAACACCAACAAUUGCAUUAUAGGAUUUUUAUAGUAAAUCAAAAUGACUCAUUACCCUUCAAUAGAGCGAAAAUGUUAAAUUAUGGUGCCAAAUUAGCCAUUAAAAUGAAAUAUCACUGUUUAAUUUUGCACGAUGUAGACCUGAUUCCUAUUAAUUCUAGAAAUAUUUAUGCCUGUUCUAAGAUGCCUAGACAUAUGUCUAGUAGUUUGGAUAGCUUCAGACGUUUGGUCAGCAAUAACUUAGAACCUUGUAGAUUCUCACCCGAAGUAAGUAAAUAUACCAUGUUGUCUCACAAAAAGGAAAAAGCUAGUGAGAAUCGAUUUAAAACCUUGGAAAGAACCAAAGACAACCAUAAGUUAGACGGUUUAAGCUCUUUAUCAAACAACUAUGUUAUAAAGCUAGAAGAACUAUAUACAUUGCUCAUCAUUCCAUGA